GGGUCCCCAGCGCACGCCGCGAAAGCUGGCGUCGUCCUGGGUGCCGGCUUUUGAAGGGGCUGCCCACCUUCAGCGGCCUUCAGGCUCGUGUCCCCCCGCGCGGGCGGGCGGUGGGCGAGACUCCGUCGGCGUUACGGUUCCGUGGUGGGCCGGGGCCGCCCCUCGCACUUGGGGCCUGCCGUCGGCCUGCCUGGCUGCGGCUGCCUCAGCGGGGCACAAAGAUCGAGCACUGAAAAUAACUGUUUACACGUUCAAAUCCCUGUUCUGGGAGUUUGUCCCCAAACGGAGGAGAGGGGGUAUACUAUGACUGGCUUCAGACUCCCCAUCACGGCUUUUAGAAAACUAAAUGUCUGGUUUGGACUGUGGGAGAAAUUCCCUUCUAAUAAACUAUGUCCCUCUUGGAGGAGAAGCGUAUUCUGUAGCUGUCAAGCAAGUACAGUAAACUACAGAAGAUGUUCCAGCUUUUCCCCAGUAAAACUCUGUGCACUAAGACUUUCUCCAGAGUAUAUCUCAGUACUGUCUCUGCGGAACAAAAGUAACAAAAGCUCUAAAAGGAGCAGACAAACCAUACAGGAAGAAGAGGAAGAAGAGGAGGAAGAUGAAGAGGAGAGCGAUUUGGAAGAUGAAUUUGAAAAUGACCCCAAUGUAGUAAAAGAUUACAAGGAUCUUGAAAAAGUAGUGCAGUCUCUUCGAUAUGAUGUGAUCAUGAAAGCUGGUCUAGACAUUGCAAGAAAUAAAGUAGAAGAUGCAUUCUACAAUAAUGAACUCAGGCUGAAUGGAGAAAAACUAUGGAAGAAAAGUAGAACUGUGAAAGUUGGUGACACGCUGGAUUUCAUAGUAGGUGAAGAUAAAGAAACAGGAACUGCUGUAGUUAUGCGGGUAGUCUUAAAAAAAGUAUCUAACAAAACUGAAAGUGAAAAAUACAAAGUAAUUUUGAGGCGCUGGAAAAGCUUAAAAGUGCCCAAACAGGAUGUACUUAAGUAACGGGGUUGUAUGUGGCAGCAUAAGAUUUUUGCAGAAAACCAUAUUUGUUGUUAAAUACGAAUUUUGGUUAAACAAAAUUACAGUACCCUUUUUUAAGGGCUUGUGUCAGAAUGCUAUCUCCCUCUGCUGUGUACAUCAAUAUUCAUGCAAUAAGCCUGUCGCUUUUUGCUGUUAGUUUUGUUUCAUAGUACUGUGGCAUAAAAGAUCCACCCCUUACAUUUCCAGGCAGUUUCCUUACAGAUGUUACAGACAAUGAACCAAUAAAGACUAAUUUGAUCACUGUCUAA